UCCCCUCCUCUCUUUCUCUCUGCAGCUUCUCCGCUCCUGCUCUGGCCGUGCUGAGGCAGGAUCAUGGUGCCGAAGUGCGGGGCGGCUCUGUCUCCCGGCACGCUCUGCCUGGCCGCUGCGCUCAAUGGGCUACUCAGCUUCGGCUUUCUGGCUGCGGCCAUCGGCACCGACUACUGGUACUUGAUCCACGUGGACGGGGCUGGGCGCAACGGCAGCGCUCGGGAUGGCGAGGAACUGAGUUCUCACUCCGGGCUCUGGCGGCUCUGCGAAGGACAAAAUGCCUGUAUGCCCCUGAUCGACCCCUUUGGUGCAGAGAGUUGGCUGGUACCAGCAUCACUCCAACAUCUUAUCUACAUGCAUCGAGCCUUCAUGAUCUUGCUGCCACUCAGCCUCAUCUUGAUUAUUUUUGGCUGGAUCUGUGGGAUCAUUGGCUCCUUGGCCCAGAUUUCCUGGCUUCUGCUCUUCACAGGCUGCUAUUUUCUGUUGGGUGCACUCCUGACUCUGUCCGGGACAAGUACCUAUAUCUGCUACUCCAAAGCCGCGUUCAUUGAGACUGUGCGUAUGUUUGACGAACAGCGUUUUGACCGUGUCCAUAUUUCCUUUGGCUGGUCUCUGUCACUUGCAUGGCUCUCUUUUGGCACAGAGGGUUUGGCUGGCAUCCUGCUUCUCCUGGCUGCUCAAGGAGUCCAUCAGAAGCUGGAUGCACAUUCAGCAGACAUUUAAUCCUGGGAGAAGGUGGGAAAGGAAAUGAGGCAGUGCCAGGCCUGUGAAAUAAUUCUUGGUCUGCAAUACUGCUUUCCUUCACCUUUCUUAUAGGAAAUAAAUGCUGAUGCUCACGCCCUGCUCUGGUGUAAAUACAGCACACAUACAUAGUCUGUGGGGCUACAGGGCUGGGUGCCUACUGUAGAAGAAUCCCUGGUGAAUGUGAAACCUAAGGGGUAGCACAAAUGGAAACUUCUGUUAAAAAGACAUCCUGAUUCCAAUUCUGAUUGUUGUUUUCAUGAACAUUGUUAGGGAACAUAGGAUUGAACUCCUGAUGUGUAAAUUGAGUUAAGGUGUGCAAGACAGGAUUUGUUGCCUCUCCAAGAAUUAUGACAAACCUUUUGCCCUGAUUGUUUAAUGUAUUCCUUAUUUGUCCUUUUCUUCAAAGUAUGGCUUAAUUUCUACCUUCUGAUUAAUCCAGGAGCUCUCGAAAUAAACAAGCAAAUCUAA